UGAAAGAACUUUGACCAGUGAUUAAUAGGCCGAAGUUUGGCCAAGACAAUCGGUGGAGGGGCCGAAAAUCCGGCCGGUCGAGCGGAAGUCCCCACGACGAUGCCGCCGAAACGAGGUUGCGUCGAGGUUCUGCGGUUGAUUCCUUCCGCUUCAUGUUCGAUUCUCGGGUGUUUAGAAUCUCGGUCUGCGAGGCCACUGUCAAAUAGCCCACAUCAGACGCGAAAUUGUCGUGCCUUCUAUAGGUCAUACAUCAAUCUUAGUUCGACAUCAUUGCUAAGUUCUGUAACGCUUGAAUCAAUCGAAUACUGACUAUCGCAUACCCACAGUCUUCCUUCGGUUUUCUUGAUCUCCUCUCUAUAAACAAUCCCAGUCGCACCACCCACAUGAGUAUCUUUGUAUGUUGCUUGUGUGAUCAGGCUUGAUUGUUACCAGCAUGGUCGAGCUGAUCCCUCCUCCCGACCCUCACACCCUCCUACCGCCUCUGCUCGCAUGUCUACCUACUUCUUUCGCCUCUCCAAGACCUCCACCGACCUUGCUGCGACUCCUUUCUCCCAUACUACGGCAACGCCUUGAAGUCCACACCUCGACUUCGUCUCAUGAUAGCUGGGCCAGUCUAUUAUGUUGGGACGCAAGCAAAGGCGAAGUCCUCAAGGACAAGAUCGAGCAAGCGACCUUCGAGCCGCACCCAGUCUCGGGAGAGCUAGAAGUCGGGGACACCGAACCUAUAACGUACAAGAGAUUUGAUGAGGAAACGUUACGAGCACAGGUCCCUCUGAUUGACUGGCCUUUCACCGUUUUAUAUUUGUGGUGCACCGGGAGCGAGGAGGGCAAUGCUUGGAAGCUGGCCGAAUUGUUACCGUUUGACAACGAUCUUCAGAGGGAUCCCUCCUGGUCCUCGUCCAUCGUCGAAGCAGAUGAGAGUGCCAGGGAGAGAUUGGUGACUGAGGCUUUGCAAGAGGCGGACCGGGCAAAUGCUAGAAGUCAAAGGAAUCUGUCUGUUGCACAGGGUGAUGAUGAUGAUUAUUGGGCAAUGUACGACAAAUCAGAAGGAAGAACCCCAGCUCGCAAGGCUUCAAUCGAUCCUCGCGCCGGUCCAUCAGAAGAGGAGUAUUAUGCUCGCUAUGGCAUUGUCCAGCCUGCAAUGGAUGGCCACGACCCGGACGAGGAGACAACAGACGUCCAGUCAUCGUUAAAUGGCAACGUGCUGCAACAACUGCUUUCAGCGCAAUCAAAUCCAUCUACAGUACGAGAACCUCCACCGUAUCAAGGUUCUUCUGAUCGUGACCAAGAUGAGAGAGAAGUGGAGGUCACCCAGCCAGUGCCCUCAUCGCCAUCCUCAAGGGCGUCAGAUACGGUGGCGCGGCUGGAGCAACACGCAGAACGCUAUGGAGCUUCAGAGGCUGGGAUCAGGCAACAUAUCAGCACGACUUUGAAAAGCAUGUAUCGACUGGCAAAGAGUGCGGGUAUGGAUCGAGAGGAGUUUGAUCGUAUAGUGCAGAGGGAAUUGGAAACCCUCAGCAUCUUUGAUAGACACGACUGAGCGCGUGAGUGAGUAAGAUUCGCAUAUUAGCGUUAGGAGUCGUUGCCGGACAUAUUCAACAAUCAACAAUAUUUGUAAACCAUCAGACCAGUAUCUUGAAGGACACAGAGUGAUAGAGGGGAAGUAUGGAGAAUUAAGUCGGGUGCACCCUUAAUGACCCUUCUACGCGAGGCUCUUGUGCACGGGACCCACGCGG